GGUGGCUACUCUAAUCACUGAGGGGACUGGCUGCUUUUAAGCGGCUCCCCUCAGACCCUGAGGGGAUGCCUAGCCCUAUAGUCGGGACGUGGCACGCUAACGGUUUCUAUGGCAACUUCAGAAGCAAAUGCAGGAGUGACUACACCCAGGAGUUCCGAAAAGCAGCCCAGCCACAGCCUCCUGACAUCUUCCUGAAGAGAUUGAAGGAAACCCCUUCUAAGCACAUAUUCUCCAAGAUCGACAACAAGCAUUCCUUCCCAGGAUCUGCUACAUAUUUUGACCGUGGCUUAGGAAGGAAGAGAAUAGAUGGGAGCCUUCCCGACACACAUAACUUAAUUGACUGGAUCCCCCUGAAGGAAGAGUUACAACGCCAGAGGCCCCUUAUGUCAAGCUACCAGUCUGACUUCCGCUCCAGAGAGAAGAUUCCUCAGGUCUUGGUCCAUCACACUUACCUGCAAACACAGCCCCUCCUACGCACCCCCAGCACCACCUACCAGCACACCUAUCGGAGCCACCCUUUGAGCGAAUGCAGCCUUGGGGUAGUCAAUCAGCAGGAGGUGACCAAAGAGACCAAAUCUCAGGAGACUGAGACAGCGGCUUCUUCUUCCAGUGAGACCAAGGCUCCUCCCUCUGGCGAGUCUGCUGCUCCUCAUCCUGGCAAGUCGGCCGCUGCUCCCACCACUGGUGAGCCCUCCACUUCGGCUUCCAAGGAGCCCACUGCAACAGAAGCCAAAACAGUGGCAGAAACCCUUGUUGCAAGACCCUUCACUGGGCGGCCAAAGUCCUCCCAGCGAUGCAAGUGGACAGUCUCAGACUGUUUGCACUGGCACUAUUGCUGACUGUACGUCAGAUAUUUCCUCUGUUUCUGUCUGGGGGAAAUUAAAUGCUCCUUUGUACUUGAUUAAGAUUCGGAAACAAUUAAAACCUUGCUGGACUGCGUACCCUCUGUCAUGUGUGAGGGAUAAAGGGGCCACUCUGUGUCUCCCCAUAAAAACAAAAAACGGUGUGCAUUCUUAGCAAGAAAAUCUUGAUACCUGCAUGGUGCUUUGCCAUUAAGAACUGUAUGCAUGGAUUCAACUUAUCUAAUUUGGCUUGUAAAUAGCGUAAGUGUUUGUCAUUCAACCUGUGCUUGAAGUAAUGAAUUUUGAAGUAAGGGUAGGUGGAGUAACAGUGUAAGGGAAAUAUCUAGGUGAAUUUGCAAGUACAUUAGUCUGUUUCCAUGGCUGUUCAAGCCUCCUGGAAAAUUAGAACAGCCCUCAGGAGCUCUCUCUCAGAAGUUAAGAGGCAAUUCAACUACCUGCUCCUAUCCAGGUAAACAAAAAGGCGACGAACCCCAUUAACAUAUUCCUGGCUGCAGGUAUGGGUGAUGUCACCAUCUUAGCGUUUUCUGAAACGCAAUACUGUGUUCAAUUUUGGGCAAUUCAAGAGAGAUAUUGACAAGC